CGAAUACUGAGGUGAACACCACAGCACAGCACCCGGUUUCGCGAAGCGCCAAAUCUUCAAUGUGAUAAAGUAGGACUGAUUGAUAUUCGUUUACGUGAAGAGAGUUACUUCUCCUACCCUUCUUGGCAGUAUUUUAAUACAUGAUUUAUUAUUUUAUCAUCCACUCACAAUAGAUUUCUUCCCGCAGGAGAUAAGGAAGGCUUUAGGUUGGCCUCUAGCAAAAUAUUGAGAUUGAAUAUGAAGUGAUAAACGUUAAUUAACUAUGGUUGUGCACCCCUUUGCCUUUUGUCCCUUUUGUACACUGGGAAACUCAUCACGAUUUAAAUUGAUCAUUUGAUGCCAUUUGCACUCUUAAAGUUUAUCUUUUGUAUUUUCGAGGGAAACAGUACUGCUGACACACACUUCUUUGUCAAUACUUGGAAACCGGAAUUUCAGCAAAUUCGUAAACAUCGGUCGAUUGUUAUGUAGAUAACUUCGCUUGACGUUAUUCAGUUUUUCAAACUUCCUGUACCGCCCACAACUUCUGCAUGUAUAUUAGCCCGGUGGAUGGAGUUUGGGUAAUUGUAAUGAAAGUCUGUCGUCACAGCGGUAUAGGGAUGUAUUAUGCCUGAAGUUUUGGAAGGCUUCCGCCUUGUAAGCUCGAAAGCCAAAUCGUUGUCGAACAGCAAUGGUCCUUGUCAUAGUGCAUCGUUGUAUAACUCCUAAGGUCUUCGUUUUGUUGAUCAUAGCUGUGGAAUGGACAGUAUUUAGUGUCGAGGCCAAGAGGAUACGGCGCAACGCGGUGAGUAAUCUAACAAUACAUGCAUGCGAGGCGAAUUAUUUCCCUCAAAAGUUCUAUUCCAACAUCAGUAGUGCGCUUGUUACAGCUGUGUUUCAGAAUUUCUGACGUAUUUUUUUGGUUAGUUUUCUUUGUGGCUUUACUCUGUUGAUACGAUAUAAAACUUAAGAAUACCUCGAAAGGUAGUAUAUCAUCAAUGAACUCUUAAUAUCAAAUAAAACGUUCAUUAAAUUAAGUUUACAGGACUUUCGGCUUGGUGGUUUCCCACUUCUGUCAUACUGUGAAACUUCGUCUGUUGUAGUACCGCGGAACUAUUUUUGUUGCCUAUAAAAUGAACCUUAGUAACAUUGUGAAUUAUUUUUGUGGUUAGUAUUUUGUGACAAGCGAAGCCAAGAUUCUUAAGUUUUCUAAAUUUGCAUAUCCUCAUCAAUUACACUGCCGUGCUGAGGUGUUCAACUCACGAUUAGCUGUAUUCCAGGUUUAAAGUCAUUGUAUUUGACAGUUUCCGCAUGGACAAUGGACAGGGUAAUCACUCACAUUCCGUCCACUUAAUGUUCUAUUGAUUGCAUGGCUAACUACGUUUAUUUUUCUGUCUUGUAUAUGAACCUAUGAAUAACGGACUACUGAUAUUAAUUGUUGUAUUGGUAGUCUAACUUCGAAUGCCCUGCUGAUGUUGGUUUUGGUUUGAUCUGUAAGGUAUAAUGGCACGAGUAGAACUCAGAUUCUACCUCUCUAAUUAUUUCAUAUUCAUCAACACAUGAUUUUACCUAUUCAAGACACAAAAUAGAAUUGAAAGGCAACUUCUACAAAUAAUUGGACAACGGCCAUUUACAGAGCAACCUCGACCAUCAUGUGAAUUCAAGCUUCUUGUUGUGUAUUACUCAUUAAUAUAAACAGAGGUUACUGUGAGAGAUGUUUUUCUUAUGAAUUCAUUGCAAAUAUAUAUUUCUUGUGUACAUGCAUCCUUACUAAGGAAACUUGCAUUAUGAAUCAUUCCAGAAGAACUUCCUAAAAUAAAUCUGUUUAUUAUAUAUUUAACGCCAGUGAAAUACCAGGCGAGCUUUCAUGUGAAAACAUCAUAUCUUCACAUGGGAAAAUAGCAUGUUAUCUUCACACGUUAAAAGAACACCAUUAUUAUCCUAAUGGUUACAUACUAAAUUGCAACUUUUGCAACAGAAGUGAAAUGGUUUGCUUUUUCAUUGGUGUUUAUAUAAUAAAUAGAAUAUUUCAUGUCUGCCUGGGGAUACAAAAUUUUCCUCUCAUGAUGAAAAAUAUUGCACUCGUUGGGUAUCAAGACACAAGAAAUUUUUCUCUGCUCAGCUAUGUAGUAUCCUCUAUUUCCCAUUCCAUUCUGAUUAAAAGCUACCUCAAAUCUAGAACAUCUAUGAAAGACAUAUGUCUUACUUUAGAACUUUGUUUACCUUCUCAUUUCCUCUGCCAAGAUAUAACCUGAAGAGUAGCAUGAUUUAAUUUUUUUCUCAUGAAAAACCACAAUUUCCCCCAAAAUUGAGUAUAAAAUUGAAAAUGAGGCAUAGAAUGUGAAGAGUUCUUGGGAUAAACAAGGCCUUUUGUAGGGGAGUUCUAAGGGAUCACUAUGAGAACACUUUAGUGAACUAUAAUUGGGUUGGUGCAUGACCUGAAAACAGAAUUACUAGAGGUCCCGGUGUGGUAAAGGGUGAGGUUGGGUUGAAAACAUGUUAAAACUUAACGUUUGGUUAAUAAAAAAACAAACAAACACAUAUACUGCUGAGUGUGGAGGCAGAAUUUCAGAUGGGAUAUCUACUACUUUUGAUAAGUUAAACAUGAAAAAUGAAAAAGUUCUUUAACAUUCUUCAUUAUAGAAAACUUCAUGUAAUGUUCAUCCUAUUGUCUCUUCUCUCUUUUAAUUGCCUUACUUAUCUUUCUGAAUUUGAUGUGGUCCAGUACCUGGUCAGACUAGAAAAUUUUGCUGUGUUUUAAUGGAGAUAAAAUCAUGUUAUAUGCUUAGAAAAAGUAGCAACAAUGGAAGAAAGUCUAAUCAUUGCUAAGCACAAUGCCUUCUACUGAUUAAUUAUCUCCUACAACUUAACUAGAUAAGGUUGGAUACUAUUGAGCAGAACAGUCGUGUUUUUAUACGUGGAUUUUAUAUUAAUCCCAUGAGAUGUUAAAAAUUUCACUUACUCAUGCUCAGGCUUAUCUGGGGUAAAAGAAAUAACAAAUUAUUUGGUUUAAGACUCAAGAACAAAGGUGUGGUUAAAGUGAUAAACAAGAACCUCUUCUGACUCCCAUGGAGUUCCCUCUGCCUGCCCCCCCUCCCCCCCCUCCUGCUAAAUUCUAAGUUUUACACAGCAAAGUCUAAUCAGUCCAUGGAAAAUGUGAAACCAUAUGUUUGUGUUGGUGUAUCUACUCCAUAAUUUUGUGAAGUAUUGGUAACAGCAAAUCUUUGAAUUACAUACAGCAGUUUUUUCAAUCUCUGCCAUUUUGUUCUGCAAUCUUAUUUUGCCCCUGACUGGUACUGUGGGCUGAGCACAUUUUCCAACACAGUGAGUGGAGUGUAUGGUAAGUGAUCACUUGCAAUUGUUCUCAAGCUGUGUUAUCUUCCAUUCUAUGAUAUCAGGUGGUUUUUGUUCAGAAAAUGGCAUUUCAUUACAUUUUAUUCCUUUAUAAUUGGAAGCAAAGGAGAUGAUCUUUUGGAGUCUAUAUAUAUGGGUGUCCAAAGGGGUAUCCAGGAAGGGGUCCAGAAGAGGGGGUACAGGUUUUGUCAACAGCUAUUUCUUGUCAUAACAAGUUUACAUACUAAAUACACUUAAGAAAAAACGGAGGGACAGAGCAGACUUUCAAUAUCAUUUAAGGAACUUACAACACCCAAAGCCUAGACUACUUAGAGCAUUCUAUCUCUGGGUAUUAAGAAUACUGUAGCUUAACCAUCAUAAACUAUAUAUUAAUGGAAAGGUUAUGAAAUGCACUAUUCUGCAAAAAAUUCUUUUGUUUUAGCUUGGUUUAUUCGUAGAAUGAAUGGGACAUGACAGUUCAAAAUGGACAAUGUUUCUUUGAGGAAAAUAAUCACAUAUUAAAUCUGACAGCACAAAUAAGACUUCUGCACAAUCUCAAUCCUGAGGAGUUGGUUUUCAAAACUUUGAGGGGAUUUUUUUAUUUUUUUAUUAGUCACUUUGUAAUUUGUGUGUCAAACUUGCUAAUCAAAAUUUUACUGAUGUGUAUUAUGCUGGAGGCUAUCAUGGGAGAUCAAUUUUAAAAAAUUGAAUUCCCCCACAUGGUUUUUAAGUUGGUAUCUUGGGAGUCUUCAAACAUAGUUUCAAGGCAAUCCAUACAGUUGAUAUACCCUCUUAAUUUGUUUGAAGAGGGCCAGUAUUCGUAAAUGCAGACAGAUAGCAAAGAAACAGAGACAUGAAACAGAAAUUGGGGGAAUGUUUAUGUCAUUAGAAUUCAAGGAUCAGGAUGUUUUGCUGCAAGAAACUCUUUGGGAGUCAUUUAUGUCAACAUAACAUGACACUUUGACAGACUAAAGAGUUCAGUUCAAAAAUACUUCUUUUAAUUAUAAAUAACUGGUGGGUGUUUCAAUAUUUCACCAAAAUUUUUUUGUGGAGGUAAUAGUUAAAAUGAUAAUGCUUGGUUUGCCGUGAAAAGAAAAUUUCAGAUUGGCCUUUGAAGGUCUACCAUUUCCUUAAACAGGUAGAGGUUGUGAAGCCCGCUGAUUUGUAACAUGUUAACUUAUAUUUCUCAACAAGGGUAUAGGUUUUGGGUCUUGGAUGUCCUUUCUAUACUUGGUGUUGAAUCGUUGAAAAUUACAAUAAUAAAAGUGUAACCAAUUAAAAUUGGUAGUUACCUUGUAAAUGUUAUUCCUUAUCAAAUUACCACCUACAUUCCUCACUACAUCUUGGCUCUUUAGAGGCCAUUGUUGUUUUCACAUGUAUCACUUUUAUUGUUACAGAGAAUUUUUCUUUGAUGUGUUAAUGAAUCUAAUUUUUUAACUGUUUGACCAUACACUGUAGGGGCAAAAAAAUUUGUAUCCUGUUAUUGAGACCCUAAGGCUCUGUUUACUUUGGGUUGAAGCUAAAACAAGGACCCUUAAAAACAAAUACAUAAGAUGCAAAAAACGAAUACCAAAACACAGACCCUUAUUUUGUCAAUUGAUAAUGACAAAGGAUAUGAUCAAAUGCAGAUUCUCCCCAAUGCUCAAUAUACCUCUCUGGUCAGUACAAGUGAGCUUAAAAUGCUAAAGUGGAGGCCUUUCAGUCGAUCCAUUGACAUCUAAGCAUGCUAUAAAAAGUUUUUUCUCCUUCCAGUUGCCAUAUGCACCUCAAACAUGUCUCUGCUUAAGUUCUCCAGUUCUCCCCGGAAGCAUUGAUACUUGGGAGGAGAUUAAAAAUUCAGUUUUAAAUGUUUUUUUAAGUAACACUACAGCUGUGAAAUUAUCUCCCACUGUUAAAAGGCUGAAGAGCAAUGCUGUAACACCCACUGGCAUCAGCCAGGUCAAAAGUUCACAUUGGCAAGCUCUCUUCCUAGAACAAGGACAUCAAGGGAGGCAGUUAGAAGUUCUGAGGGACACUAGUGUUUUCAAAAAUAAAUUAAGAAAGCAACAAAUAGGAAAAUUAAGGGAAAUAAAGCAAUCUGUGGUUUAGUGUGUAAUGUAAUGUUGGAUUAUUUUGCUUUAUUUCUAAACUGAUAAAUGAUCACAUUGUGAGCCAAAAAGUUGCCAACCUUUUAGCUGUUUUUUACUGGGAUGCACACUUCCUGUGUCCAACUUUGCUUUUAAGGGGGUCUUAGGUCUUUGUUUUUGGGGGUCUUCACUUUUGCUACAACCGUUUAUAUUGCAAAAUGUCUAGUGUGAAGGUAGAUUUCAAUAUGUUUUCAUAUCAAAUAAAGAAUAUAAACUAAAUUUAGCUAAUUUUGUUUUCCUUUCAAAAGUUGUUUGUGUCAUUGAAAGUUUGUAUUUUGGGUAAGGUGUCAUUUAUGCACAAGGUGUAGCAGUCAAUUAGCAAAUUGAGGUGUUUGAACAUUUUACAUAGUACUUUGGUGUCCUAAUAUGCUUUGGACCAUACUGCAUUGGUGCCUAUAAUAAAUACAUUUUUGCAUUUAUUGGUGAUUUCAGUGGAACCCAUAUUAAGUGAUCCCCCACUAAUGGAGGGGUGACCAUUAAAUACAGGUUGAUAGAUUAGUACAAGUUUCAGAGAAUAGAGGUCAAACUCACCAAAAAACGUCAAUUUGUGCUAUAAUUAAUCACUUAAUGUGCAUUUCAUUCAAGAGAGAUCUCAAGAAUGUAUGAUUCUUUGUUAACAAACAGCAGCAAUGAAAUGGUGGUGCAGUGUCAUGACAGAACAAUAAACCAGAAUUGUUGAAGUUGGUGGGACUACUUUCAAACAUUUGAGCCUCUGUUAAUUAAUUGGCAAAUGACAUGAUGAUUGUUCAUAAUAUUUGGUCCAAUAGUCCUAAGAAGAAAGAUAAUUUCAAAUCUGUGUUUUUUGUUUUGGUUUUCUUUAGUCUGCUUUUAUGGAUCAGGUCUCUGACUUUUUUUUGGUACCAGAUUGCCUGGUGGCCAUUAAACAGAGUAAUUUCAUGAGCAAUGCAUUGAAGACAUUUGAACUCCAAGUACUACAUGUGACAUCAAUAUUGGGAGAUAAACAUGAAACGAAAAUACUUGAGAAAUGAUUCUUAGUUUUGUUUGAGCAGUUCUGCUUUACAUGUAAGUGAAUGUUCAAUUCAAACACAUGGUUGGGACUCAGUCAAAGAGUGAACACAACCUGUUUAAAAGAAGUGACCACUUUAUAGGAGUGAAAAUAAUGAUAAUUAAGAAGAGAGGAAUUUGGCACUGACAACCAACUGCUUAUUACAGGGUGACUGCUAAAUUUGGUGCUGCUUAAUAAAAGUUCAAAUGCAUUAUAAAACUGAAAGUAGUGAUAAAAUGGGUUGUCAAAUGAACACAAAUAAUUAUUAAUUACAUUUUCCAUUCUUCCUACAGGAAAGUCACCCUAAGCUUUUCCAACUUAAUUGUGUGACUGGGCAGUCAGCACGACUGAUAUAUAAAUCAAAGGUCCUUGACUUUGACAGUGCUUUGCAGAGGUCACAUUGGGAGAAAGACACUCAAAAACUAAUCUCAAAAAUAGACAAGAUAUCUUUUGGAUUCAACAAGAAUAAGAGCAAGUUUUGGUUAAAGAUCAAGAAUGUGGAUGACAGUGAUUCAGGGAGAUAUUCAUUUGUAGUAAAUGGCACAGUUCUUAGGCUAUGGCAGCUGCACAUCCAAGGUAAUUGUGUAAUGUGUGUACUCAUAAGUAUUAAACGCCAGCUCUCAAAAGUGUUGCAGUUGCAAGCGUUGCAUAUACAUGAUAUGUAUAUACCUUUUUUUUGUUAUUAUAAUGCUUAUGUCAACAUCCUUUUGAUGAUAAAACAAAAGGCAUGUCUAUCAUUUUUUAGUUUUUUUCUUUUUCUGAAAAAAACUCCAUGUUAGCAUGUAGAGGGGUUUGUUACUUGCACCAAUCAGAUUGCCAUAGUAGGGUAUGUAUUGAGCAUCAAUCAUAUCAAAGCAUUUCAAUGUCUUGCACCAAUCACAGCAUUUGGCUAUUGUUUUCUGGCAAAUGAUGUCAUGGAAUGAGGGGGCUGUGCAUAAAGAAUGACAUCAACCAGAAAUUUAGGGCUCAUUUGAUAAGUGCAAAGGUUUAUGGCCCUCGCAGAAGCCUCUUUGAGUAAGGUUGAGAUUUAUUGAGAUAUUAAAGGUUCACAUUUAAAUUUUUUCAAUCAUUUUCAAGUUAAAAGCACACAUGGAACUAAAUGCUACUGAUAUUGAAUUUUCCAAGAAAUUUUCCUGCAUUUUGACUUUUUCUAUGAAUAAAAUUUACUUUUAGCUACCUUGGACUUAACCCCAUCCUGUGUUCCUUGUAAGCAACCUUCAUAUUAUCACAUAUUACACACAGGGAGUAACGUCCAGAUAGGGAACAAUUGAGGAGCCUUUGAAAUAUUAUCCUUUUCUCUUGUUCAAUGGAUCCUGACUUAUUUGAGAGUAUAAUAUAUCUUUGGUUGGGGUCUAUUGGAGAUACAACAAAGUUUCAGUUUGUUUUUGUAGUAAAAUGAUUCGGAAUUACAUUUUUGAAGUAAUUGACUGUAGACAAAUAAUUUUGAUACUCUCUGUUAGAAGAACGGCAGUAAGUGUAAUUUCUUUCACAACCAUUAUUUGGUUUUGACAUGCAGUGCACUCUCUCUCUAGCUCGGAAUAGAGGGCAUUGAGUGUUGAGACCAAAAAAUGGCUGAAAAGGAGAUGACAGUAAGUUUAGCACCAAUGUGUUUUAUUUUUGCGUAGAGGUAUGUGGGCAGUAGAGACAAUAGACCACAUAAUACUUGUGUCAAUUCAGAUAAAUUAGGUUUUAUUAAAAAAUAACUCUCACAUGCUACAUAUACACAUGCCUAUGUUUAUUUUUUAAUUGCAAUAUUCAAAGAAUGGCUACAUUUAUAUAACAUUUGAUUGCAAAAACACUAAAACAACAGCUAAAAAGUGUUGCAUGUUGAGAAUGAAUGGAGACCAUCUGUAAUCUAACAUUUCUGCGAUUGAUUGUAUACAUACAUACAUGCCCACAUAGAUAUAAACUUAUACAUUGUAUGUAUUUGACCAUACAGCUGAAUUCAGGAGAAUAAAGAGUGAUCAGUGCAGGGGAAGAGAAGGUGACCCUCAGGAAAGAAUGCUGCAUUUCUAAUAGCAUAGAGAUGAUCUUUAUUUGAGUGACAGAGACUGCCAUUUAGGCAUUGGCCUCCUCAGUCACAGGCUGUGCUGCUCCAGUAGAGCAUAUACUAUUAGGUCUCUCUUCUAUGGUCAUCACAGACCCUGAUGGAGGCUGACAAUGAUGACAUUAUAAAACUAUACAUUUUAAGAAUGGAGAGCUGUAACUCGAGUUUAUUGCAGUAAGCAAUCAAGAAGUUUUCCGAUGUAAACAGAAUCUGAUGUAGAGUUUCAAAUUUUAAAUUCUAUAACUGUUGGAACUGCAACUUCUGUGGGUGGUAGCAAGAAGUUUAUUCUCAGGGCAACAUUUAUUGAGUAGUUUGGAUCUCUGAAAUUUGUUCAGGAAGUUGGCAUUUUGAAUGCUUAAGAUGCAUAGCUUCUAUGAUAAGCAUAAAUUGUGCUGGGAUGAGUUUGCUGUAUAUGUAGGUAUUUGCCCUCAUAAUGAUGCACCACUUAAGGUUGCAUCCUGUGUCAGUCUUUCAACUCUCUGAUGUGUCUUAAAAAAAUACAGAAACAUACUAUAUUCAAAUUUGUAUAAAUGGUAGCUAUUUAUCAAAUGUAUAGUUGCAUAGAACACAAUUUGACAAUCAUUACUAAUCAGUGACUCCAGAUUUUAAUUCUUUGAUGGACUUCAUAAAGCCAACUAGUGAGUCUGAAUUGUGUUUGCUUAAUAAUGGCUUAGACCACAAUAAAGGUCCCAAAUAUCAAAUAGUAUGUUUUCCCUAACCAACUAUGUUUUUUUUUUUUUUUGUGACAGAUUCUCCUCUGGAAUCCUGUGGAGGGCCUCUUGAUGCCAACGGUAAUGAGGUGUUGUCCCUUAGAUUAGGUCUGAAACAUCAUUUGUAUGAACAAGUAUAGUUUAUACAUAUGAUAAUCAGUGAAAAUAUGAUUAUCAUUCACUAAAUAGUGAAUUUACCUGCAGAUUGACCGCACCUGUGUAUAAGCUACACUUCUAACUUUUCAUUCAUUUUGGUGGAAAAGAGUACUUAGUAAAAUGCAAUCAAAACUCAAACCAAAGAAAGGUCAUAAAAUUUAAAAAGUUGGUGUAGAGUAAAAGGAGCAAUAGGCAGCACUGACCUUCACUUGGGCUUCCCUCUAUGAUAGAAGGGUUACUAAUCAGAUUGAUGCAGUGAUGAAUAAGGGAGUAACAAGAAAACAACUAAUGGAACUAUGCCCUGAAGUGUCUUUCUGUAAUUUUCAGGAAGUGAGAAUGAAGACACUUCUAGAUUUACUUUUGUUGUAAUGAUCACUCCUCACCUUGAACAUGGAAAUUUUCAUCUUAAAACUUCUAUUUACAGUUUAUUGUAAGCAUCAUUGAACAAGAGAAUUGGAGUUUAGGUGCAAACCCAACACUGAAUAAUUUUGAUUGUUUCUGAUCUGAUGUGAAACAUGAGCCAUAUAUGGGAACAUUGAAAGGUCAUUGGCUGUUUGAUUUUAUUCAAUUACCUUAUGUCAACAUAAGGAGCUGGAUCUAUUGGUAUAACCUUAUUUUAAACACUUCAAUGGAUGAGGAUAGUUGUGGUUUUUUUUUAAUUGGUGGAAUUGACUGCUAGAUAUCUCAUUAUAAUUUCAUCCAGUACAGAAAGGAAAAAGAAAACCUGCAGUCACAAAAAAUAUAUCUUAGGUAUAUCAGUUUGAGGCAGGAGAUGUAGAGGUUCGUUAUCAUAUCCAAUUAGUAGAAAACUACAAAAACAAAGAUUAUCACAUUGCAACACAGGUAAUACAAUUUGAAGGGUGAAGCAUAUAUAUGAGGUGUCAAGAUGCUUGUACCCCAUUAUAGACCGUACCCCAAACUUUUAUCCCAUUUUUCCAAUUAAAAAAUGUGGCCUACUGUAAGUAAAUAUGGUAGGUGACUUAAAAAACUUUGUAAAUUGUUUUAUAAUUAAAUUUUUAAUUUUUAAUCCAUAUGAUACAAGUAACAAAAUGAUAUUUGCCAUGGACUGUAAUGAUGAAAGAUUGAGCAAAGCAAUUGUUUUCAACACUGAGUUUGAAAAUCUGUAUUACUUUGUAGAAAAGUAUUCACUGUAUUUUGAAUUUGCACUAUUUAAUGUUAUUAACAAGAAACCUAUAGUAACUGAAAUUGUGAAAUGAAACUGAAGAGCACAGCUUUGUCACUGUCAGCCAACAGUGAUAACCAUGCACAAGCAAAACAGGACAAAAAGGCUCCAUACUUUAUGACUUUGGUUGUGAUUAGGAGCAUGAACAUUCAUUUUGAGUGUAAUCCUAGAUUUAUUACUUCACACACAAGCUUCAUGUAGGUCCAUGUGCCUAGAUACGGCUGCACAGAAAUUGAUCCGGAAAAGCAGACAGUUUAGACAUUUCCAAGACUGUUAAGGAAGUAGAAUUUUUAAGAUUAUUAAGUAUUCAAUCUUGUACAUUGUUGCAAACUGCUUCUUUAUAUGAUUUAGUACAGUCAAGAUGUGUUGAAUCUUAAGUUAUAGGCACAGAACUGGGAGGUUUCAUGAAAUAUAUUAAACAUAAUAGUUCUAUGGCACAUAACUCUUUGCUGAAAAUUUAUAACAUGAGACGGACCAAUGCAAACAUACUUUGAAAACUAUACAGAUAAAUAUGAUUGCAAUGUGAUCCUUCUCUUUGACAGUCACAUCUUGUGUGCCAUUCAGUACGCAGUCCCAUCCAAAUUGUCCAUCAUUCCCAGGAAAGCCCUUGAAUGUUCAAGGCUCUUAUCAUCUUUAUAAUGGAAUGCCCGUCAUUCAAGUUACCUGGACAGCACCUAAUACAGGUUAGUUGCCUAUGAUUUGAAUUUUGUAUUUCCAUAGACUUUACAUUAUUUUAUGCACUGUUCAUGUACAUUCUUUUCAACCAAAUACAUGCAGUUCAUCCUGAUCUACUUCCCUUGUCAUAAAGAGAUUGAACUUAUUGUGAAUUGCAUGUGAUGGUUAAGGCUUGUUUUGUCCUUUUGUUUAAACAUCAGACGAAUGAAGUUCAUAUGCAAAAUUUCUGGAUUAGUUUGGGAAAUAAUUUCAGCCAAAUGCAUGUAUCUUGGUCAGAAUUACUUUUAGACACUUGGGGGCAGUUUACCUGAUUUACUUUCGUUGUCAUACACAGAUUGAGCCCAGAAUCUGAUGUUUUAUUGGUAUUUUAUUCUUUUGUCCCCUAAGUUUGGUCUCAAAUAUAGAGUGUCCUUCUCAUACUGUCUUGGUGACUGAAAAGAUCGGAAAUAUGUUUGGAAAUAUUUCAUGUUUGCUACAUGAAUGGUAAACAAACUUGAUCACUCAGGGAAGUCUAAAAAAAUUUCAAUCACUGUAUCGUUGAAAAAGACGCUUUCGGCCAGGAAUUUUUUCUUCAUGACGAAAGCAUCCUUUGUACAACUGAAAGGCCACAAACGUUCUGUUGAAUUUUUGCUGGAACUUUCAACAAAAGGUCACCAAAACAAAAAAUAUCUCAUUUGCAUUACUUUUGCACAAUACUGUACCCAAAGUGAAAAAUUGAACAGAACUUGCUAGUCCAACACUGGUGAUGGAGUGAUUUUGUUGUACCUUUACCUUUAUUCUGAAAUGCAGCAUCCUCGAAAAGAUUUAUGCAUACCAUUUUAGGGGGAUUGUGUAAGAAAUCUGUGGACUGGUCUUGAGAAAUCCCCAGGAUCUGGUCUAUACUGUGAAUGAAUAAAUUACCUGGGGACCUUUUCUCUGAAAAGCAUGUCUUUCAUAUAAAUCCGUGGAAAAAAAAAGUUAUCAAACUAUUUUUUUUUGUGGCCACUGCCUCCUAUAGCAGGCAAAGCCACAUCUGUUAUCAAGAUGAGGUGUUCCCUGUGCUCCUUAUUGUUUGUUUUAGAGUAUCUUAUUGGAUGAAAUUCACAGUUGAUACACAUUUUAGUUUUCUCCUUUUGUGAUUUCUGGCUUAUAGCCACUAGUGCAUUAUGUUUUCAGUUCUUGCUGUGACACUACAGAAGACAGCUGAAGAUGACAUUCAUUUUUAACUUGUGAAUUGUGCGCAUGUGCAAGAGCAAACACUGAACUACUGCUCGUACUCUAGAUGUGACAAGCAACCACAAAAUUCCCUAAACCAGAUAACAUUAAAUAUAAUCCAAAAAAUCAUGUGUCAAUUCACGAGUUUGCUCAUAGAGCACUUUGAUAGGAUUGUAAAAGCAAAAGUUUUCCUUGCAGAAUUAUCUGAUCACCAUGUCAUGAAACUUGGAGGGAACAUUUUUCUACAAAGGGAGGGCAUUUUACCAUUUAAAUCACAAAUUAUGUAGGUCAGUAGAUAUAAUCUUUUCAGUCCUUGCUGCAACACAGUUAUUCAACAUAUUGAUGGAAUGGAGGAAUGGUGGUUCAGCAUGGAAUGACAGAUUAUCCUAAAACCCAACCUUUUGUGUGUAACAAAAGUCUCAAAAAAUGCAAUGGCAUUAAAGUAAGAAAAUUAUUUGUAAGUAACAGGGAAAUUUAUAGGAAACAUUGGUAAUCAUUGUUGGAGUCCAGAGGAUAAGUGAACCAUGGCUUUCAAGCUAGCCCCUUUGAAUUAUUAUUAUAUGACUAUUGUUAUCAUUAUUAUUAUUGUUAAUACAAUUAUUUGUUACCAUUUAAUUAUUGGUUGAAUGUCAGUUAGACAAUAUGUCCUUGAAUAUGUAGGACAUAAAUCAUAUGAAAAUAAAGGAACAACAUGGUCCGCAUCAAAUGGUUAAAGUACCCACUAGGCAGGACAAAGUGCUUGAUGUUUUUCUGGCUAAUUCUCCUUUGCUUUGGAAAUCCAGCGAGGUGUACAAGGGUUGGUGAGGUCUAAUCAUUUAGUUGUUCCUGUACCUCCUUCUAUCCUAGCUAAACCUCAACCAAAAUAUGCCAGUUUCCAUGACAUAAGGGACCCCUGCAAAAUUGCUAUCACAACCAAGCUAAGUGCUUUUUCUUGGAAUUCUAUUAACAACUCAGAUAACCCAGGAGAAAGCAUGAAACUGUUGGAUGCAAGCCUAUGAUUGAUGUUCAACAAGAGUUCUUUGCUCAUCACAUCUGAGUAUCUCCCAGAGACCCGCCCAACAUGUUCCCCCUGGUAUAGCAUCUCUGCAAAAUUAGAAAUAAAAUUGCCCCACAUCGGGACAACCAAGCAGAGGACAUUAUUUGUCAAGAGAAAAUUAACACACUUAUUCACAUGAACCAAGUAAUUGCUCUGAACAACGAGCAAAUAAAAUGCAACCGAGUCUCCAAAAGAUGGUAGGAUAUGGCCAAUAGUAUAACUGGUAGAAAGAUGCAAGGCACGCUUAUUAGCCCAGUGAUUUCCCCUGCUGUCAUCAACACAUACUUCCAAACCAUUAACACAGAUGAUGCAUAUGAGGCUCCUAAAUGUCUUGAAAGAUCAGUAGGAACCUGUCUCCCGACUGGGAAUGAAUGUGAAGUAAGGAACUUACAGACACAUAAGAAAUGAACUGCUUCAGGGCCUGAUGAAUUUCCUAACUGGCUUUGGUGCAAUUACUCACACUGUCAUGCACCGGUGAUCACCAAAAUUUUCAAUUGCCCACUCAAGCAUCAAACUUUUCCAUUCUUGAGGAAACUAGUAAAUGUGACACCUGUUCCUAAGGAAUCUCCUCUGACUAAAUGCAAUCAACUUAGACCAAUCUCAUCAACCAACAUCAUAAUGAGAAUAUUUGAGUGUCUUGUCUGCAAACAAGAGAUGUCUUCUAUCCUUAAGUCAGAGAUUGGACCUGACCAAUUUGCUUAUAGGAAGUGACACAACACAACUAUGGCCCUCAUCAAGUGCCAUAUCAAACCUGUAAUCCCCUAAAUCUUGCUGAUCAAAUAUGCUAAUGAUAUCAAAGUGAGUGUGCCUGUGGCAAUUGGCCUCAAUCAUCCUGAUUUGUUACAUUAGGAAUUAGCAAACAUAAAACAUUGAGCUGAUGACAACCUGAUGAAGCUGAACAUGAAAAAGACCUUUAAGAUGGUUGUUAAGGGUAAAACCAGGAUGCCCCUCCCAAAGACCAUGGCUAGGAAGAGUGAACUAAAGCUGUUAGGAGUUACAGUAAAUAAAGAUCCAUGUAAUUGGGACACUCAUUUUGAAAAUAUGCUCAGCAAAGUUUGUACAUCCUUAGAGUUUGUAAAUACUAUGGCUACUUUCAGCAAUAGCUUACAUUGUUGUUUGACAGCCUGUCUCUCCCAAAUUGAUAGGUUUAAGCCAAUAUACACCCAUAACUGAUGUAAUUAAAAUCAAAGGUAGCUACCAUAGGACAACAUAACUACUGAUCGUACUCAUCCCCUUCAUGAACCUCUUUCACCCUGGAAAAAAGGAGCCUAAGGAAAAGAGGACACCCUCAUAUCUUGCCUCAUGUCAGAACUGAACAUCAUAAACACUCAUGUAAACAGAUGCCUUUUCAAUUUUAUCUAAUUGUUGUUCAUACAUUCAUAAAUAGUUUGUAAUUAGCUUUUUAUAGCAGUUAUAUGUAAGUCCAGGCAUUUGAUUCUGGGGAUGUUUCCUUCAGUAUUUAUUACUAUUCAUGAAUAAAGAAUUUACACUUACACUUUAUUGCCAGGGACAGGCAGAACUAUUCUCCCUACUCACCUGUUUAUCUUGCUGAUAUGUAGCAACUGGAACUAAACAGGUAGAUGUCUAUGAUGAUUUAAUAGCAGGGAAUCAUUCCAUAAGUUGUACAGGGCAGCCCUUUUCACAACCCUUGAGCAGUUGAUCAACCCUGACUCCAAGUCAAGUUAAGGAGUGAUCCCUGUAUCACAUAGUCAGUCAGCCCUUGAACGAUUUUUCAUCUAUUACUUCUUCUUUGAAAGUCCUGUAUGGGCUCCAAAAUGGUGCUCAUACAACACAAAAGGAAUCAGUUCUGAUAAGAAUUAAGCAACACAAGAGUGACAGUAAGAAGACGAUGGGUUGCUAUUCUACAGGUCUUAUUACUGAUCCUUUUACUCCUGAUUUGGACAUACUCCUUCUUGCCACCAAUGGAGUAGUCCUGCUAGAAGAUGUGGCCCCCAACCUUAUCUGCAGUACUGAGAUAGGCCAACAGCAGAUGAAUAACUUCAUUGAGGAGUGAAUCAAUAUUAAUUCUGUGGGUUUCUGGGAACUGAUUUCAAACAUCAACAUCCAAAUGUGCAGUAAUGUAAAUGAGAAGAUUGGAGUGAAAUCCAGCAAUAAGCUAAUAAUUAGCUUAUUAUAGUUAUAUAAUAAUUAUAAUAAUAAUUAUAAUUAUUAUAGUUAUAUAAUAAUUAUUAUAUAGCUUAUUAUAGUUAACCAAACAGGGACUUGUUUGGCAGGCUGAGCUAAGCUUUAAACUGUUUUUAGUAGCAUAUUCACUUGGCAACCAUGAUGGAAGUCUCAGAAAAGGGGUAAAAGGCACACUAUGCUCUCUUUGAGAGAAAGGCAUUCCUAUUGUUCAUCAACUUACUGCAUCAACAAAUCCAAAGGUUGUUCUUAUCCUUGGCAUAGCAGUCCUACAGAUGAAAAAAUAUUCUGUAGCAGAUACCUUUGAUGAGUUCUCCGAAAAAGAUUUCAACAUCUUCAGCACCUCGUUCUUUUCUAACGACUGUCUGCAAGUCCACAUGGUCUUUGACCAAUACUGAGUGAACUCCAUUGAAGGGGAUGAGCAUCAGCAAAGGGGAGCAUCCAUUGGCCUCAAAGUGGAAAUCAGAGGUACUGCCAGUUCCAAGACAAUGCUUAAAGUAUAUCACCAAUCCAAAAAACAGGGUAUAGCUUGAAUUAUUUAAUUCAGUGUGUUUUAAAGCCUCCAUUGAUUUCUAGUCUCAUUCUAGUUUUAGAAGCUUGGACUGGCCAGAAUUCUGGUUUCACACUGGAGUGAAGGAUAAAUGCUGUUUUAUUCCAGCACAUGAUAUCACCCAUGCCAUGAGUGAUAAGAUAUGCAGCACUCUCAUUGGAUUCCAUGCAGUCACAGGCUGUUACUGGGCCAGUUCCUUGGCAAGUAGAGGGAAGAAAAAGGCAUGGGACAUUUUUUGUUGUAGUUUCAGCCAUCAAGAUUGUCUGUCUCUCCUCAAGAUCGUACAAGACCAGAGUGUAACCAUUGCUGGCAAAUAGGACAAUCAACUUCUUUGGAAAUGAAGGGUCACAUUGUACCAUUGAGAUUAGCUACACUAAUUGUAAGCACCAGAAAAAAAUCCCUGAUAUAUAGGGAGAAGUACAAGACCUUAAAGGCAAACCUUUUCCUCAUACACGUACACUGUAACUGUAACCCAAUCCAGUUUCUCUGGUGUCACAUUCAGUAACCAAAUUAAAACUUAAUCCUUACUUUUUUUUCACAUGGUUUGUAUGCAAGGUAGAAGUGAAUGUAUGUAGACAAUUUCUAUAAUUAGCAAUUCAUCAUAUCUCAAUGAAAUGAAGACAUGAUAAAACAACACUAAAAAAAAUAGCCAACAAUUUUCACUGCAUGAAUUCAAAGGAACCUAUCACAGACACUUUUGUGGCCCAUGGAUCACCAAGGGAAACUCACUCUACCUCUGGUUUGAUCCUCAAUAGAAAAGAGCCCUGAUAGCCCUCCUACCCAGGUUGUCCAGCCUCAAGCACCAUAAAGCAACAAAUUACUACAAUUUUGUUGCAGACUUCACCAUUGGAAGUUCACAGUACAUAUUGAAAGUCACUAAAUGUUCAGCCACCACAUCUCAGUUUGUUUUGAUGUUAAAUGUGUGUGUUUGCUUUGAAAUAUCUCUGGAGUGGUCUUCUUAUGUCAUGAUAAGAGAAAGAGAAAUAUUUUCGCCAGUACCUAUCAUCAGUACCUUGUCAAAAGCAUUAUCUGUUAACUUCUGUUUUGUCCUUUUUUUUCCCCUCAUGCUUUUCUUGGUAGUCACUCACUUAUUAUGGCCUUGUUUGAGAACAUUAUAAUAGACAAUCAGUUUAACUGACAUGUGCAAUUGUAUUUAUCUCAAGACCUGAUUAGAAUUAGGACUAAAAAUUAUCAUUUUUUUAACUUGACCAUCUCUUAUCCAUAAGUAAAUUUAUUUCACUCAAAAGUAAUAAUGUGAUGAAACAAAGCUAACUUUAUUAAAAAUGCCUUAUUUUUGUUAUCUACUUUUAUUAGAAGUUAGCUCAAGGUUAUUUUGUGAUUGAUGUGCUCUUGGUUGUGGUGAUUUUUUAGGUUUUGGUGAUUUAUGGGGCUAUCAGCUUUAUAUUUCUGGAAAAGACAAACACCCUGGUCACAAUGACUGUACACAGAUGAACAGAAAGGUAAACACUGUUAACAUUUUUUAGUUUUGGUUGUGAAGGUUGUAUUAAUUUUACCACUUCAGUAUGAGAAUACUUUGAAGUUGAAGUUGUUGAAGUUAAGUUUUUGUUUGUUAGAAAUAACACAUCUACAGUAUUAAAUUUACUCCAUCCAGUCUCUAGAAAACAAAGCCCAAAUACCAGUGAAAUCAACUCUUUAAUUUCUUUCCCUUUAAUUAUAUUUUGAUUUACAUUUUUAAGUAGGAAUAACCUUUACCUAGUGUUAUCUUGAUGGUAAGAUAAAUAUAACCCAUGAAAAAUAUUAAUGUACAGCUUCUGAGACAACAAUUAUAUGGAAAUCAGUGUGAGAUCAGUCUUGCCAUUUAAGGAACAUGCACUCAACUCUCUUAAAGGAGCGCUUUUAGUACAGGAGUUGAGCAGUGAGGAUGAUACAAACAACUUCAAGAAGUCUUCUCUUAAGUUCACCCACAUUCAUUAAUAAGGGAGUUGUAUUUCUUCAAAUUGACAACUUCAUGAAGAGAAUUUUCUCUACUCAACUACACAAUCUGCUAAGAGGGAGAAUUCUAGGAAGGAAACAGCCCUCUUGAAAGUGGCUAAUGAUAUUUUGCUUAAAAUGAAGCCUGAGCACAUUGUCCCCCUUGUGAUAUCAGACUUGAAAAGGAUAAGGUAACAAAUGUGAUCCAAACAAGUUGCCCCCAGUGUUUUGGUCAAUGCUGACAGUCAGUCAACUGUCUGGAGGGUCCAACAUUGGUUUGGCCAGAUGCGGGAUAAAUCUUAAAAUUGAAGCAGGAUGUAGGAUACAAGACAUUUAUUUUUAUCCCAGGUUGCAGGAUGGAAAUAGGAAGGUGAGACUGGGAUAUGCUUCAUUUCGAAGGUGGGAUAGGAGAUUGGACAGGUGUUGUCAGGAUCAUGAUUUAGCUAAAGUUGGGAGUUACACGACAUCAGGGAAAUUAAAAAGUGUUUAUUUGAUUCAGAAACAGGCUUAAUAAAUGCUCUCAUGAAAAUUGGAGUUGACAGGUCUAAACAAUUCCAUAUUAUGUCCAGUCUUCUCUGUAUUUGUUACAUGUGUUUACUUAGCUCCAAAGUAUGUCCAGUUUUCUCCCCUUUGUCAUAAUUUUGCACUCACAAGUAUGUCUUUGAGUAUGCCCCUUUCUGUAUGAUGUAAUGGGCUGUUCUUUGAAGAUUUCUCUCAGCAGUGGUUGUUGCCACAUUAAAUGCCUCUAGCUCAUGAGGAUUCUUUGAGGUUUGUAACUGUUGAGUGGUAUUGCAUUAUGAAGGGCAAGAUUCUCUUAUCUGCUUGUCUAUGUUGGAGAAAAGACCCAUUUAUGUCCUUCAAAUUUUGCUUCUGAGAUUGGGCUGUCAAUGAAAAUUUCUGGUAGCCUUUCUGCCAGACAUGUUUUGAAUUGUCUAAUGUUUCUUUAAAAUCUUUAUUUGAAGCCUUUCUUUGCUCCUGGUGGGUGACACAUUGUGUAGAUUGUUGGUUUGAAAUGGAUUCUCAUGUCAAGAACUGACUCCCUGUUGAACCUUUUAUAUUUAUAGAUAAUGGUGUGUUAAAAAGUAGCUUCUGAAACAGAUAUUUCAGCCAUAAAUUUGGUUGUUGGGUGGUGUUCAUUUGCCUGUUUAAUGAACUGGUUGACAACAUCUCUGCAAGUGUGCAAGAGGGAGACUUUGUUGUCAGUGUAGCAUUUCCCAAACAAAUGGUUUGUUUGCGCCUUUAUCUAGGUUUUGUUGAUGCUGCUAUUAACAAACUAAGCAACAACCUUAAGCAAGUUAAAUAUGUCCUAAGCACUCUUUCCUUUCUCCAUAAUGAGAGGACUUUAUCAAUAUUGCAAAGGCUAUGUUUGCCCGCUAGUUUAGAAAGGACAGGGAACCAGAGCAACUUAGGUUAAACCAGAUAGGAUGGGGAUGAAAAUAUUCAUUGCAGCAGGAUGGUGAGUUGGAAUGAAAAGUAGUGGUGGGAUGCAGGAUUGGAAAAGUAUAUUUUGGACCCUCUGUUUACCUAAUGUCAGUGAAAUGUCUACUGACUGUCGACCAACUGUCAGCGGAUGCAUUACUAACUAUAGUUUCCAUUUCAAUCAGUGAGAAGUGUCAGUUGUGUGUGAGUGUUGGCAGUGUGUGGGUGACUUCUUUUACAUCUAAUUAAAGCUUUUGAAGGAGGAUCAAGCCACAGCGCUUCUCUUUUUCUACAAACCUCUCCCUCAUUUAGAUUUAGUACGCUUUUGUUGCUGAUUUAGUAUGCUUUUGUUGCUGAUUUAGUAUGCUUUUGUUGCCGAUUAACUCUGCAAAGUAACCAUAUUAAUAUGGUGCCUUUUUUGUGUUUGUUUCAACCCAGCUCAACAAAUUUUAUACUCAUCUUAAGCAGACUGGGCAUUAGUCAGAUUAAUUGGGCUGUAAGGUUGAAUUCUUUAUUGGUCUUUUUUUUUCUGGUGUUUAGUGGCUCCUGGAGGAGCAGUUUUUUUAGAAUAAAUGAUUCAUUAUAUAUUGUAGAGGAAACUGGAAGCUGGUCAGGGUUGUCUUCCAGCAGCUAGGAGAAUGUUCUGUUGCCUUCCAAGUUCCUGAACUGCACAAGCUCAUCCAAAUAAUUUAGUAGAUGCUUGUAGAGGGUUCCAGACAUCAACUUCAACUUUUUUUUGACCGGAGCCCAAAAAACCUGAACCAGCAGUUAGAACAAGCUCAAAAAGAUGCAGAUGAAAUAGCGAAGUUAUUCAGAGACAGAAAUGUGCAUCGCCAACCACAGGCAUUGGGUCAGAGAGAGAGAGAGAAGAGCAGCUGAGAGAGCUGCAGAACCAGCCAGAGCCACUGACCAACCAGCAACAAACUGCUGCUGCAGAAGUAGACAGGAAUGACUUCUUCCAAAUCGACAGGCAUUAUCAGGCAGUGCUCACCAUGAUCAGAGAAAAUGCAGCUUGAGCAAUACAUACAGACCAACCCCAUACUGCUAGAAGUAAAUUUGUUAUUUCUUGGGAAUUUCUGAGUUAUGCAUCAUCAACAACAUGUGAUCUAUAAAUAAUCUCAAGUAAUUUGGUAUGUUAAGCACUAAUUGUCUUGUAAAUUUUAAAAGACUACAAAUUGCAUUUGCCUUACUGGGCUGUGCAAUUUUGUCGUCUUGAAAAACUCAUGCAAAUUGCACUUGAAAUCACGUUUUUACCUACAUUGAAAUGGUUUUUGUACUCCACAGAAAUAAAGAUGAUGUAUUUCUAUGAUUUGCUGGGGCGUUCCACAAGGGUCCUGUCUUAGUCUUCUUUUGAACAUGAUUUACUCUUCAGAACUGUUUACCAUCAUUAAACAAUGCCAUCCAGAAGCUCACUGUUUACCAAACAAUUGACAGCGGUAUUUUUCUUUAAUGUGAUAAAUUAUUCAAAUAAAAUUAUUGAACAUCUAAUUGUAUGUUGUUCCCUUUUUGAAAGGAAUAUUGGUAUUGGACCUUUUCUAAAAACAUCCGAUAUGGAGCAACAUACCAGAUCACAGUACAGAGUAUGCCAUCACAUCAUGAGAAUGACAACAAUCUAGUACACCUGAGUGUGAAAGUACCAGGUAUUUUUCUUGAUAACCAGCCAUACUAUGAUUUCAAUGACCUUUUUAAAACAGACUACAGAAUGUGGGAUGGUGGAAACUGAAACUGAAGAAUAGAUGACAGGUGUAUUUGGGAAAAUGAAUAUUUUGGUUUGAAAACUUCAAAAUGGUCCAGUCAUACUACUGGAAUAAUGAAUAACACUGAGUUUUGCAUCUUAAUUUACCUUUACUAACAACCUUUUUGUUUCAUCAGUGAAAGUAAAAUUUUCCAUCUUACUCCUAUUAGAUCACAGAAUCCUGGUCAAUGACUACUGUCGGGUUUUUGUUUUGUUUUUGUUUUGUUUUCGAUACCUUACACGUAUCCACUAAUUGAUGUAAAUUGAAAGCAUAGAGUGUAGUUACCAACUCUUUCUUUUUCUGACUUGGUAGGAUUAAUAAGAUGAUUUCCUUUUUUACAGAGAAGUGUCAAUUUGAACUGUACAUGAAUUUGUCAGAGUGCUGUAAGUUGUUUUUCAUUGUAUGUUUUUGUCCUUUGAGUUGUCAGCUUUGUACAACUGCUGCAUUGUUGACGUAAUUGAAAUUAGAGUUCUGAAGCAAAAGAGUUUCAAAAUGUAGUAAAAUUUUGCCUUUGCAUUAAAUUCAGUUGCCUACUCUAGGUAGAGCUUUUAAACAAAAAAAUUCUUACAUACCAGUAGUUAUUGAGUAUUCUAACUGUCCAGUUAUGCUUUGCACAGUUCAGUUUUCCAAUGGUCUAUUACUGUUUUGAUUACUCUCAAGCUGAACCACAAAUCUAAAUUUCUCAUCAUUUGGGAGAAAUAUGAAGAAAUUAUUAAAGGAAUCUAAAGAUAUAAGCUCUAUUGCAUUAAUGCAACCUCCAUCUGCUAGCAAAAAGGAGCUUAGACUUCUGCUGAGAAAAAAAGUUGUUAAAUUUCAUUUCUAUACAUUACUAUAAAAACAAAAAAUUUGUAAGUCUCCUUAUAUUUUCCAAAUUCUAAAUUGCAUUGAUCCUCUUCAAACUUUGAUUUCCUUCUUGUGAACAGACUGUUUUAUAAACGUCACAGCAAAGUACACUGACCAGAAAAUUGUUCUAGAAUGGGCUUUACCUUUGAAAGAACAAUGUCAGAGUAUCACAACAUUCCAAAUUGAAUGGAACAACAUUCAAAAACCUCAAGAGUGUAAUGGGAAAGCAGAGGUCAAGGUAAGAGAGGUAUCUUCUUUGUAUGGACUUUUCGAUUAUUUACAUUAUCAAAGCCAAGGGAAACUGAAAAUUAAGGAUGUCUUGCAAACAUAAACAGAGAGUAAUUUGUAGCAAUAAACGAUCGUUGAAACUCAUCCAUAUCACAGUGAUAGGCUAUGCAAUAAUGAUAAAAAACUAAAUAUAAAACAAACAGCAGAAAAUGCUAAUCAGGAAGGGGGAAAUUUGACUGGAUUGAAACAGAAUACAUUGUUACAUAGGUCCAAUAAUGCCUUGAAAUCCCCUUUUUGUGUUAUGGCUCUCCUUUUUUGCUCCACAGGUUCAAAGUUUUGAACCUAAGAUGUCAAGAACAUUGUAACAUACUUAAAAUAUGGUGACCUUGCUUCUCAAGCAGUCAUCUAAAGGAUGGUCAGCAAUUUUUAAUUUUCUGCUCUAUCAACUGCAAGUUCUACUAUUUUUAUUACCCCUUGAAGGAAAAUGAUAGCAACACCUAAACCAUCAUGAGAAGAUUCUGGUACUGGAAAGAGCAAUUAUGUUCACCAGUUUAUCAGUAUCAUUUUAAGAUUCCAAGUCUUAUCAGGAGGGAUUAUUGGACAAAGAGAGAGGUUCCCUUGCAGGGUCUUGAGAUAUUUCAAGUUUAGUUAUUUAAAGUAAGAUAGUCUCUCUCUCUCUCUCUCUCUCUCUCUCUCUCUCUCUCUUUUUCUUUGGGAAAACGAAUGCAACAUGCAAAGCAAACCAAUGCAUGACUGGUGUAGCCAAACAACCUUUUGAUUAAGCAAAGCCGGCCAUCUUGUUGUAGCCACACCACCCUCCAAGAAUGUUGCAUGACAUGUAAGACAAACUAUUGGAAAGUAUCCUGGCUGAUGCCCUGAUUGUUGCUCUCUGUCCCCUUCUCUUGGUUUGAUAAACACUUUUUUAUUUAUAUUAUUAAUGAACAGAAGUAGUGAUUCACUAGAGGUAGAGGAACAGAGGUAGAGAAUAGGCACAUAACCAAAGCUGUUUUGGACCUUUUUUUAUGAUAGCUGAAAUUCCCAUGCAAAGCCCUAUGAUUUAUCAUAUGUUACAAUGAUGCACACCCACUCGUGAGCUUAGUAUAAAUGUUGGUACACUUGUCAGUUGUGAAGUGGCUGCGAUAACAAAUGAAAAGAAUAUUAAGAUUUGCAGCCACAGAAGAAGCAUCAAGACAAAAGACCUAGAUAACAAGAUGAUCAUUUUACCUCUGUUGAAUUUUCAGAAAAAAAUAUGCAAAUGCAACUCUUUUUGGUCUUGAAUAGCAACAUAUUCUUACCCCCCCCCCUCACCUGCCCACCCCAACAUUGCUCAAUAAGCUUAAGCAACGGUUUUGAAAGAGACUAAUGGUGACCAUUUUGAAAUGAUUAUGUUAUGGUAUUUCACCUCCUGUGGAAAGAUAAUAAUAGGAUAUGACGCAAUCCUCCAUCAAUCAAGGUUUCUACAUCUGUCUGAUAAACUAACAACUUUAAUGAUAAUCACCUGCAAAUAUAUACUGACAAUAUUUCAGCCUUAUAGGCAGUUUUGCAACAAUAAGUUGCAGAAAACUAUCAGUUUAGCUCUCAAUUCUUAUAAGUUUAAGUUGCAUAAUUAUUUUUUUCUAUAAGAGGCAGCAGUCAAUACUAUAACUGUAACAAUGUAUUGUUAGAAGUAAUUUAGUGUUAACAACUGAGUUGAAAAUGUAAAUUGGCCAGCGUAAAGGAUAAAAAAGCUGAUGUUUCGAGCGUUAUAGCCCUUUGUCAGAGUGAUGGACGAAGGGCUAACGCUCGAAACGUCAGCUUUUUUAGCCUUUAUGGUGGCCAAUUUCCGUUUUCAACUCUAACUCUUGUUAACACUAAAUUACCUGCUAUAUUCUCCCACCGACGCAGCACCACAGUUUCUUUGGAAACCUACCCCCUUUCUUGUUUCAAGUACCUGGUGUUGAGGAAUGCAAAACUACCUCCUGAUAUCUAUAUAUAUGUAUAUUCAUUGCAGGAAGGCUAUGGAUAUAUCAUUCAACUUAAAAAAGACAUUUGCAUGAGGUUUAACUACUCCAUUAAGGUAAAUGGUAAAGCAAUUACAAAUCUAGGCAAUUUAGGGUAAAUUCGAGAACAACGAUAUAGUUUCAAGAGAGAACAGCAUAACAAAGGGUAAACUUUGAUAACUUCGUGUUCCAUAAUGGGUAGAGUUUAGUAACUCUGGUAAUAAAGCGGGAUAGAAAACUCCUUAUCCAUAGGAUUUUUUCAGAUUAUUAUGCUACAAUAUUUGUUUAUAAUUGCCCUGUAUUUCUUUUAAGUGCCGCUCUCACUAAGAGCGGUCCUCUCGACUUCCCGUCGGAAAAAAGUUUUCUUGCAUUUUUUGCCCAUGAAAAGGGUUUAGGACACAUGUUUCAAAAAUAGUUAAGUUGAUCUCCAAUUUUCUUUUUUUGCGUUGCCACAAUCCAAAAAUGACUUUUGGCCAGACCACCCUUGUGGACAGCGAUCGAAAGUGUAAAUUUCAAAGAUUUUGUCUAGCGCGCAGCGACUGCAACAAUGUAGGUCAAGGACUUUCUAUCUUGCUACAAGUUACAAGAUGUAUUCAGGUACGACCGAUCACGUUUACGCAACGUUUUAGGACAAUCCUCAAUGUAGAAGAUGAACGAACGAACUUUGAACGCUCAAAAGGAGAUCUUGGUCAAUUUUCAGAAUCAUGCAAAUGAUCUUUGACACGAGCGCAAUGAGUAAACACAUGGAUUUGCGUUGUUUCUAAUAUGUUGGUGGAUGGAAGCUAGAGAUAUACCUGCAGGGUUGAGGCAAUCCGUGACCUCAUUGGUGUAUAGACUAUGCACUGAUAUGCUUUUUCAGCCCGAUUAACGCCCGCAUUUUUAGAAUUCUUUCGUACAAAGUAGUGAAUUUUUGAUACGCAAAUUAAGGUCGAAGAGAAGGGUCUCCUCUGAUCACGUUGAUAUGAAAAAUUUUUCAACUGAAGUUUCCACAUUUUGUCUGUGAACUAACUGAAUACAUCUUGCAACUUGUAGCGAGAUAGAAUUCCGUGAGCUACAUUGUUGCAGUCACUGUGCGCUGGACAAAAUCUUUGAAAUUUACACUUUCGAUCGCUUUCCACAGGGGUGGACUGGCCAAAAGUCAUUUUUGUAUUGUGGCAACGCAAAAAAAGAGAAUUGGAGAACAACUUAGCUACUUUUGAAACAUGUGUCCUAAACCCUUUUCAUGGGCAAAAAAUAAAAUAAAACUUUUUUCCGACGGAAAGUCGAGAGGACCGCUCUUAGCGAGAGCGUCACUUAAGUAUGUUUAUACAGUCAUUGAAUUGGAGUUUUUGCUUAUUUCUUUAUUUAGCUUUUUACAUCUAAUGUUUACAUAUGUGUAAGCUUUGUUGUGAUGUCAAAUAUUUUCCACAUUGUUUACUUCUCACUUGUAAUUACCAGUGGUCACAAAACCCUUAUGUAAGUUUCGCAUGUAUUCAUCUAUUUGUCAAGUGAAGAAUAUAGUCAAAGUUCAUCUAUUUUACACCUAUGACAGCAUAAGGGUAGUGAGUCAACAUAUUCAUUUAUGCUAUUCAUUUUCAGUUAAGGGGCAAGAUCAACCAGACAUACACAAAAUAUGUAAGAACGACUGUGUUAAUCCCACUACCCACAGCACCACCACAAGGUUUGCAGAAGUAUUGUUAAUUGUAUCAAUGUGACUGUAUUGAGGAUUUUCACCACAAGUGAAGUCUAUAUGUGCACAAUAUUUAUUACCCAAAAACUCACAAAUUAUUUCGUGAGUCUGAUAUACAUUCAGUAGCCCCAAGACUAAAAGUACUCUGAUACAAAUAUUAACCUAAGCAUUGGGAGAAUUAAGAAUCAGUUUCACAGAGAAACAUCAAAUAUCCACCUUAAAGGGAUAUAGAACUUAUCUCAAGGAGAAGUUAGAAAUCACACAGUUACAGAUCUCACACUAGGUAUCGUGGGUCUCAAGUGAAUGAAGACAGCCAUCAAUAUCCACAUUUUUCUUUUGUUUUCAUGUCACAGUUAUUUUUGAUAAUUGGCUCUGUUAGAAAUGAGCCAUGAGGGCUGAAGCAAUUUUCACGCUAAAAAAUUAUUUUGAAAGAGUUUUGAAAACCAAGGUAGUUUCAAUUACCUUUAGACUAGGACAGAUUCAUGGGCAAAGUUUGAAAGAAAGUGAUUUUGUAAACCUGAAAUGCACCAGACUGCUUUCAGAGAGACUGCAUUGGAAUUCUGAUCAGGUGGUGGAAAUGUUUCUUUCUGUCACCGAAAAAAAGAAAAAAAAGCUUCAGGACCACUUAUCUGACUGCACAAUGGAUUCUUCUCACAUAGCAGCUAUCUUGGCACAAAAGUGAGGCUAAAACGCAUGACAUGAUGUAACACAGUACAUAACAACGAAAUGUCUGAAACUUCAACUGCUGAUCAUUGGUCAUGAGCUCUUGAGAUGCUCCUAAAAAUUUGUGAGUGCAGGAAUGGCAUCAGCCAAGAACAGCUAGAGUAGCACCUGAUUCACUUGAGAAAGUGUGGGUUAAAUUUUUGAAAGAAAAAUGCUCUGUCAGGAGUUAAAAGUAGCCUGUUUAACCCCCUUGCAUCUGCUUUUAACCAAACAACUUUAUUGAAGAUUUUCAGUGAAAAAUUGUUUCAGUUUCCCGAGGCCCAUGUUUCAAGCCUUUUUCAUUUUUGUGGUAAAAACUAAAUUUAAAUCUUAAACGCACAAGUUAUGAAGAAAAACGUUCUUUAACAAAAAAUAAAUUAUCAAGGGGUCAAGUUCUCCAGAAUUUUGAUCUGUUACAUUAGCCUACUGAUAUAUCCUUAUAUAUGGGAAGAUAAACAUGCAAAGAACAGCAGAGAGCAGAAAAUCUUUCUAUAUGCUGAAGUUCUUUUGUCUCUAUCCUUUAAGUAUGAGGAAUAACUGUUUGUUAAAGGAUUAAGCUAGUGAUACAGGCAAUAAAUAUAAUAAACAAGUUACUUAUUGUUACAUACUAGCUGAGUACAUUUAUUUGGCCUUAAACAAAAAUCAAGGCCAUAUUUGAUGAGGAACUCUUGACAACAGUUCAAAUAAAAAGUAAAGUGGUGGCCAUUUUCUGAUAAAGCUUACAUUAUAUUAUGGUAAACAACAAUUAAAAUUGCCUCUUGAGUUGCAGGGAAUCUUGACAACCCAUUCAGAAUACCGUUUUGGUUCUGAUGGAAACUUUUGAAAUGAUACCUUAUAUUCUCUCAAGAGCCAUUGAGACACAGUGGAACACAUUAAUGAUAGGCCACCAGCCUGGGUAUCAUGGGUCAGUAGCCUCGCUUUUGUGCCAAGAUGUCUUGGCUUUUAAACAUCUAGCCUGCACAAAGCCCCCCUCCAAAUGGCUGGUUAUGGGUAGGCAUACACAAUCCACAAAAUUCAACCACCUCCACAGUGUAAAGACAAAAUUUGUCUCAUAAAUUUGCUCCACUUUGCCAACUUUAAUAAUGAAGUGUCUGCAUUAAUGAAUAUUUGAAUGACUCUUUAUUUUCUUAUAGUUUUACCUGGAGGGCAAUCAGAUUCUACUAAAAAACUCUUGAUAGCUGUUGUGGGUGCUUUCCUUGGACUUUUUAUUUGUUCCUUACUGGUGAUGUACAGAAUAUUUUUUUGGCAAGGUAUGAAUUUCAAAGCAAACUUCAUUUCAUUCUAUGUGGUGUGAAGAAUAUUAACUAUCAUAUGUCAUCAAAUUCCUUGUUUGCUUUAUGGCAAACCUGCCUUUCCUCUAAGAGUUCUGACCUCUUCUUUUGCAGUACGUAUCAGACUUCCAGAUCACCCUCUACCAAGGCCUCAUCUAAAUGAUCCUUUGCUUGAGUCAGGUAUGUUGUAUGCCAUAAGUUUAAAAUGAAAUGAAUUUAUUUUGAGGGUAAUGAUGUGUAUUUGGAUUGACAAUUGACACUGUCAGUUUCUGAUAACAUGCAACUAUAUUAUGUAAGUAUACUCAUACUAUGAAAUACAGUGAAGCCUAUAUUAAGCCAACGCCCUCAAUAGACCUUAAUUUUGACCCUAACACAGACAUAAAGUUAAGCUUGUUAGCACUGCACAGUUUACUUUAAGGUUUAUUAUACUGUCAUCCUGUAUUUAACCACACUAGCAAAGGUCUCCUGGGUGUCCAUUGAAAAGAAAGGAAUUCCUAUAGCAUCAGAAUUAACACCUUGUAGCAUCACCUCUUUAUAAUUCUUUUGUUUUCAGACAAGAAACGAGUUUUUAUCAUGUACACCAGAUGCUGCGAGAAGUGUAAUCAUGUAGUUCAUUGUUUUGGUGCUGUGUUGAAUUCUACGGAGCUGAUAGAGGCUAGUAUAGAUAUGUGGAAUACCUUGGAUAUAGCACCCAAUGUUCCUCGCUGGUAUGAAGACCAAGUGAAGAAUUCGCAUUGUGUGGUGGUUCUUGCCUCGCACAAAAUGUCAGUCAGAUGUCACAGCAGUUUGGAAGAAGGAGAUGAUCGUAAGUAGAACUGCAUUCUUUCUCUCUUGCAUUCUUGAGAGUGGAUUUUCACCAUCAGGAAGAUGCCAUUUUUGUGUAAACAAUACAACCAAAUAUACUCUGAUAAACCUCACUACGUGCAUCAUGGAGUGAAAAAUGUUUUUGUUCUCAUAUUUUGUUGACGAAAUUCUCUACAUAUAGCUAAAAGCAGCAGCAGCGCCUUUAUUUUUCUCUAUGAAGUCAGGUCUAUUAGUGAUUUAAUGGCUGUGCAGCCUGUUAUUUCCCAACAGGAUACAAUUUGAUAUUUUAAAGAUGAGAAUCCUGUAGCUUGUCAUUUUUGCAUUGGUCAUGGCUAACAUUGUCUCAGUUUCUUAGUACUAUAUAUAUCACAUCAAAAAAUACAAAACUUGCAUGCAUUUUGGAAAUUCAAGAUAGUCAAGUUGAAGUUAAGCAGGUAAUUUAGUGUUAACAACUGGGUUGAAAACGUAAAUUAGCCACCGUAGAGGGUAAAAAAGCUGACGUUUCGAGCGUUAGCCCUUCGUCAGAGCGAUUAGAGGAAUUGUGGGUUGUGUGUGGAUUUAUAUGUAGAAAGUGGAGCUACGCCAUUGGUGGGAAUGUGGUGACGAGAAAACAGGAAUAAAUUAGUUGAAUGAAAAGCGCUCGUUGAUUCCGUGGGGAUUAAGGGUGCCGAUUUGGAAUAUAAAUUUUCGUUCUAGUGUUUUACGGCUUUCCGAACUGCCUAGAUGUAAGGAAAGGCCGCAAACUGCCAUAUGCUGUUUAGAAUGAUAAGGAAGAUUAAAGUGUCUAGCGACUGGUUUGGAUGCGUCCUUGUCAUUUCUUUCCACAUCGCGAAGGUGUUCUUGGAAUCAGUCACCCAGUCGUCUUCCUGUUUCGCCGAUGUAUAACUUAUUGCAAUAAGUGCAAGUUAUACAGUAAAUAACAUUGGCGGAGGUACACGUAAAGUGAUCAAUGAUCUUAAUGGAUCUUUUGGGUCCCGAUAUUUUCUCUACGUUAUGAAUGAAAGGACAAGUUUUGCAUCGUGAGCGUCCAAUAAGUUAUACAUCGGCGAAACAGGAAGACGACUGGGUGACCGAUUCCGAGAACACCUUCGCGAUGUGGAAAGAGAGAGAAAUAUGGGAAAUCUUUUGCCUUUGGUGAACUCAAAUAGUUCUCACAAGUACUUCAUCUGCCACAGCCUUCUACCAGAUCUUCAGAGACAACUUACUCACAAUUGGCAAGCAUAUUGUGUUCGCCUUGGUUUUUUUGAAGAUAGAAAAAAGUCAAUCAUUUUUAAAAACCAGCAACUUCUCUCUUUAUUUACCAGUUAUGGACUAGUUUCUGUCUCAUCAUGCUUUCUUGUAAUUAAUAUGGCUUAACAAAUACAAUUCAACUGCCUGUGCAAUGUCAGGCGCAAUUGAUCAAAGAAAUGUUCUUUUGGUCUGUUUCCUGACUUACCUAGAGCCUUUGACACCGUUAAUUACGAUCAUAGCUGAGCUAGAGUUUUAUGGAGCUAAUGGUGUUGCUCAACAGCAAUUAAUAGUUGCUUUUCUUGUAGAUCAGUCACUAAUGUAAAGUGCAUAUAUUUCUUCAUUAAAAUGCAUCAAAUUUGGAGUACGUCAGAGAUCAAUGCACAUCAUAUCAACACCUUAUGAAAAAGUCCUCUGGAUGGACAUAUCGCUGUGUUUUUAACGUGUACAAAUGUAAUGUGGUAUUUUAUAGAACAGCAUUAACUGUUGUUGACAAAACUUGCAUUGUAAUGGGAAAUGUCAACUGAAAGAACUCUAGAAAAUGUCAAGGUGUUUUCAGUUUUACUUUGUGAGGUUUCUGAGGAGUCACGGGCAGACAGAGCGAGAGUUUCAGACUGACUUGCUUCCUCAUCUAAUAAUACACAUGACAUCAAAAGAUUUUGAAAUUCACUAACCAUGAAAAUCAAAAUUUAUUUUGUUCAAAAUAAAACAGAACCAGACAGCUAAACCUUGAUCUGCAUUUCUCAAUCUUUGAAAUUCAAUUUGAUCCUGCUUGUAAAGUUCUGUUUUUAAGAGUGAUACCAGAGAAACACUUGUCUUGGUAACCUCAAGUAUAGCAUGUUACGGAAAAGACGUCAAAAUCAAUUGAAAUUAUCUGCAAUUCAAGCCACUAACUUUGCACGAAAUCAUUAUUUAUACUCUCUUUACAGCUAACUUAAUACCUAUGUAGGUUGUUGUGCAAUUGUUAGGGACUAAAUUUAUCAAUCUAAUCUCAAAUGUUUAAUUACACUCUAGAAGACUAUUAGAUUUAUUGCAAAGAGUAAUUUUGAUGUACACACCAAUCUUAUUUGUAGGAACUUAAAAAUUCUAAACUUUGACAAACAUCAAACUCCAAAUAGGUAGAAGUCUGUAUCUUUACUAAACACCACCAUCUUCCUGAUAGUUUCAACAACGUUUUUACUUUACUGUAACAAGUAACAUUUAAAGUACCGAUUCCCUUCAUCUGCCCCAUUGUAUAACAGAUGUAAGGUAGUAUCACACCAUUUUCAAGGCCCUAAAGUUUAUUUAAAAUUCUCCUAGCCCUGAAGUUUAGGAUGCUUCUGUUUUUGGUGUGUUUGCCUCUAAAGUUAAUUUCCCUCUCUCAAUACAUAAAUCUCAUAAGGUGUGCAUUGUUGUCCAACAAAGUCAUGCAGAGGGCAGAACUUUAUGGCUGCCUUUUUGCCAUUAAUUUUUUUACGUUCACCAAAAUGGAUGAAAACACAACGGCACUGAGAGCAAUGUAAAGAAGGACAAAACAUAUUAUGGAAGAAAACCGAAACCAACUUCUAGUAUUUGCUAUGUAUGCACUUUCAGUAUGAACACAUUGUUUUAACUACUCUAAUCGAUACUUUUAUUUUUCUAGCCUUGAACAUCAGAUGCCAAUUAAAUCUCAUACGAGGACAGAUUUCUCAGAAUCCUGAUGUUCACAGAUUCAUUCCCGCGUUCUUUACCUAUAGUGGAACGAAGAAAAAUAUUCCAGAAUUCCUUUCUUCUCGCUGGAGUCACAAGCUGCCAAAGGAAGUGGACCGUAUUAUCUUUCACCUGCUCAAUGUCGAGAAAAUACAACCGUAUCGCACACAGCCCAUUAUUGUGAUGGGCGGCAAUGGUCAUCCAUUUGAUGAAAAGAAGAAAGAAUUGGAAAGAGCUGUGCAGGAAGCUGAAGCCUUUCACAGGAAUAACAACUUACAAAAUGUGUAACUCACACAACUUUUUCUUGUUUGUGGUGUGACAGAGCCAGUUUUUCCCAUCCCAAAUUAACAUGUCCUGCUUAUCACUUAUGGUUGAAGCCCCUGAUACUGCUAUUACAAAGUUUCUUUUGAGGUUGAUACAAUCAUUGAAUUGUCCAAGGAUGUUCUUUUUUCGAUAAGGUGGGAGAUUCUAUUUUAACCUUAAUUUGAUAAGUUUUAAUAAUGAAUGAGCAAGUAAUGAGUUAUUCAGGAGUGACGAGAUUUGAUGGUUUUCUGCCAUCCUCAUUCAUUUAGGGGUAAUGGAAGUGUUCUUAAAUAAAUAAGAGAUACAUAUACAAAUAGAUUUGCUCUUAAACGUAACGCUAUAUGCUACUGUUAGCAAAUAAAAGAAGAGAGCGACACGAUUUAUCUAUAAGUUGAAAGUAAAGUAUUUCUUUGGUUGAACUAAGGUUAAAGAAGUGUUCAGCAGUUUAUUUUUGCUUAUUUGUAGACACUCAAAUAUAUAUACAUAUACAUGUUUCAAUUUCUCCAUAAUACAGUGUUCGGUACGUAGAAGUAGAGCAUGCUAGAUAUUGAGAUAGGGAAAUAAAAGAGACUAUUUUGGAUGAAAGUACAGGGAUGAAAAUAGUCUCUUUGUAUAUAGUCUAUAUUUUUUUGUUAAAUACAUAUAUCAACCAAGGCAUGGUACCAUGCUUUUAUUCAUAUAUGUAUAAUUUGCACAACAGAGAAUAGGCUUCUGUUUUCAAUGCUUUAUUCAAGACCCAACAUGUUUUGGCAUUUUCCUUCCUCAGGGGUCUCAACAUGUUUGUUAUAUACAU